GGGCGUCCGGCGGGUCCGGCGCCGCGGUGACCGGGGCGGAGCGGGGCGUCGGGGCCGGUGCAGCCCCGCCAUGCGGGUGUCGCUGCCGGCCGUGCUCUGCGGCUCGGCCGCCAGCCUGCUGCUGCUGCUGCUGCGAUGGCGGCGCCGAAGGGGGCUGUGGAAGAAGGUGAAGGAGGCUCGGCAGAGGCAGGAGCGGAGCUUGGUGAAGAUGGACACGGCUGCGCGGUGCUUUCGGGUGCAGCAUCCUUCUGUGAAUAUGGUCUCCAUCCUGUCUCUGCCUUUGCCUGAGCUCACCAAGAAACUCCAGGAUGGCUCCCUCCCUCCAGAACACGUCUUCUAUGCCUAUGUGGGCAAGGCUCUCCAAAUCGCCACAGAAACCAACUGCAUCACAGAGUAUCUGCAGGAGAGUGAGACCCAGUUCCGGAAAGCAAAGCUGACGGGGAAGCCGGGUUUGCUCUACGGGGUGCCUGUCAGCAUCAAAGACUCCAUCAACUGCCAGGGUCAUGAUUCCACGUUAGGGUUUGUAAAGAACCUCAAUAAACCCGUGGCAGAGGACAGCGUCUUGGUGCAGGUGCUCAGGAGACAGGGGGCAAUUCCUUUUGUCAAAACCAACGUUCCCUUGUCCCUCAUCAGCUAUGACUGCAACAACUUAAUCUUUGGUCAGACGUUGAACCCUCUGCUGUACACCAGAAGCCCUGGCGGCUCCACUGGUGGAGAAGGUGCACUUAUAGGAGGAGGUGGGUCCAUCCUGGGCUUUGGGACAGAUGUAGGAGGGAGCCUGCGUUUCCCUGCUGCCUUCUGUGGGAUCUGUACGCUCAAACCCACCGGGAACAGACUCAGUAAAAGAGGAGUAAUUUCUGGUAUCCCUGGGCAGAAGGCAGUGGCUGCAGCAGUGGGGCCGCUGGCAAAAGACGUGGAGAGCCUGGCGCUGUGCAUGCGGGCGCUGCUGUGCCAGGACAUGUUCAGCCUGGACAGCACUGUGCCCCCCCUGCCCUUCAACGAAGAGGUGUAUUCCAGCACCCAGCCCCUCCGCAUUGGCUACUAUGAGACUGAUUUCUUCACCAUGCCAAGCCCAACCAUGAGACGUGCCGUUCGGGAGGCCAAGCAGCUGUUGGAGGAGGCAGGCCACACGCUGGUGCCUUUUGAAAUCAUGGAUGUGGACCAUGUGAUCUUCAACUUCUGUGUGGGGGGAAUGUUUGCAGAUGGGGGAGCCUCCUUUCUCCAGAAGUUCAAAGGGGAGCUGGAGAAAAGCAGCAUGAGGCUGUUGUACUUGUUGGCCAAGUCCCCGAACUGGCUGAAAAGCAUCCUCUCCCGGCUUGCCAAACCUUUUGUGCCUCGAUUUUCAGGCAUCGUAAGAAGCAUGAGAGCAAACACAGUGGAUGGAGUCUGGAAUCUUCAUUGUGAAAUUGAGGAGUUUUGCCACCAGUUCAUUGCCCAGUGGAAAAAGCUGAAUCUGGAUGUGAUGCUUUGCCCCAUGCUGGGCCCGGCCCUGGGCGUUGGCUACCCUGGGAAGCUCUCAGUGGCAGUCAGCUACACCAUGCUCUACAACACCCUGGACUUCCCCGCCGGCGUGGUCCCCGUCACCACCGUGACUGAUGAGGAUGAGGAGGAGCUGAAGGACUACAAGGGCUACUUUCAGGACUGGUGGGAUCGGACUCUGGCAAAGGCUUUCCAGGGCAGCGUGGGGCUGCCGGUGGCCGUGCAGUGCGUGGCUCUGCCGUGGCAGGAGGAGCUGUGCCUUCGCUUCAUGAAGGAGCUGGAGGCUCUCGUGCUGGAGAAGAACAGGAUCGUCUGAGACUCAGGUGGAUCCCAGCUCACAUCAGCACGGGCCAUUCUUUGGUCUGAGCCAAGCACAGGACUUGUGUUCCCCACUCCUUGGGGGUGUGGUGGUGGCUGGACUGGCUGGAGAGCGAGGCGAUGGAGCGCUUCCAGUCGUCCUAAUACAGCAUCUUUUGU